ACGCUUCGAAUCAAAGCCAUACCACUUGACAAAUUUUCUCGGGAAAAUUUUUGCGAGCCGAGGAGAGAAGGUGUGGGCGAAUUUUCUUCUGACGAAAGAUGCAUUCUUUAAGUAUUAAGGUUUUCACGGAUUUCAAUACGGGGAAUACGAGGCGGUUGCCUGGCCGGGGAAGCUCCGGGUUCGCUGAGAUCGAGGAGUGCACGAGAAGGCAAUGGCUGAAUUGCAGGGAUUUCGGGAGGAAUUGUAGGAUUGUGGCGUGUGCUUCGCAGCGAAACGGUAAUGGUAGCGGAGCGGGUCCGAGCUCGAGUCCGAGUUCGAGUUCAAGUUCGUUCUUGUCUCGGAGUCGAACCUACGCUCUGUUAAAGCAGCAAAUGGAGGUCGCCGCCAAAUCGGAGGAUUACAAAGAAGCCGCAAGGAUACGUGAUUCGUUGAAAUUAUUUGAAGAAGAAGAGCCGGUUUUGCGGUUGCGGAGAUUGAUGAAGGAGGCAAUUGCUGAGGAGAGGUUUGAGGACGCAGCUAAAUAUCGUGAUGAAUUGAAGGAAAUCGCACCACAUUAUCUCUUAACAUGUGCAAGUGAUGCAACGACCUUUGGGAUCAGGGUUCAAGUCAGGAGUGUUUACAUAGAGGGCCGAAGUCAACCUUCGAAGGGGCUGUGCUUCUUCGCAUAUAGAAUAAGAAUUACCAAUAAUUCAGACCGCCCUGUUCAGCUUCUCAGAAGACAUUGGAUUAUUACUGAUGCCAAUGGAAAAGUUGAGAAUGUCUGGGGUAGUGGAGUUAUUGGUGAGCAGCCUGUUAUACUUCCUGGGACAGGUUUUGAAUACUCAUCUGCAUGCCCUUUGAGCACUCCCAAUGGCAGAAUGGAAGGGGACUUUGAGAUGAAACACAUCGAUAGAGUAGGCUCAGAGUCUUUUAACGUGGCUAUUGCUCCAUUUUCUCUUUCGAUACUAGGAGAUGACACUGAUACUUUAUGAGAAACGAAGUGUGGCUUCUUCACUUGGAGAGAUGGAGAACUUACAUGAGGUUAUCAGAUUGAAGGCUUAGGAAACGUUUUUCUCAUAUUUUUGCUAUGCAAGUGUAAAAAUCAGUUUUGAGUGUAAAAAACUUCUCCAUUCUCGGUGCAUAGAAGUUGUUAUUCUCAUUUCAUUGUUUGCCUUGAUAGAUAUGAAUUUGCAGCAAACUUGCAAAAUAAAUCAACUUGUAGAGAUGAAUGUACA